AUUCAUGAUUACAAAUCCUUAUGAUGUUGAUAUCCCAGAAGCCUGGAAAAAUGAAAUAAUUUACUAGAAAUACAUUGCCUAUCAAGCUUUAAGAUAAACAACACUAACCCUGAAUAACAUUCAAAAUUAAAAAUUAAACGAAGAUGAUUAUAUUUACAGAGAUGUAUUAUUCAAGGGAUAAUUGCCAUCUGAAUAGUGUGACACAUAUUUUGAUUAUAUGAAGCAACAUUAUAAGUCAAGGAAACAGUUGAAUAGCAGUGACUUUUUAAAAUAAAGAAGGGAAGAAUGCUAAAAUAAAAAAUUUAAUUUUUGGUAAAAAUGCACAAAAUUGCCCAUCAAUACCAAAUAAAAAUUAGAGACAAGAAAUAUCGUUAGAGAUAUUAAGUAUCAACAUUUAUUUGUUCCAUAAAUUUUAUUUCUUUCUGGUUCUAUUAUAAUAGCUUAUUUGCUAAAAAUGUAUAGAAAUCCUAUUAAAUUUUAAUUAAUUACGAUUGGAUUUGGAUCCUCAUUAGGUUACUUCCACGGAGUUUACAAUUGUAUAAUUUAAGAUAAAUAUAGAUAGCAACCAAAUAUUUAAUGACAUUCCUUAUUUGCCAGACCCCGAGUUGGAGGUAGAACAUUAACAUAUAAUGAAUUAUUGCUUUUCUUUAGACCAGGAGUAUAAAUAAUAAAAUAUUCUUAGCCUGAUUGCGAGAUAUGUAUUUAGUCAUGAAAACCUACAUAAAUGA